AAUGGUGAUUAAGCUAUUGAAAGUUUGGAGGAAUUCACAACGUCCUUCUCUGUAGCAUCAACAAAUGUUGAAAAAAGUUCCACAUACGUUAGUAUUUUUACAGUUUGUAUGUCUUAUUAGAACACAAAAUGAAGGAGUUUGUGAAUCAGAACCCCUGAGAUGUUGCACUGACUACAAACAAGUCAAAAACAAAUGCAUUGCCUGCAAUGGUAGUUAUGGAGUUCACUGUUCUCGACACUGUCCAGGUGGUUUUUGUGGUUAUAAAUGCCUGACAAGAUGUGAUUGUGAUGACUGUAAUAGUUAUAACUGUACAUGUCCUGUUGAUACGUCAUCCAGUGAAAUUCUCCAACAUGACGUUUUACCAGUGCUGUUUGCAAUGCUUUUUACUGUCUUUGUGGUUUCUUUGAUGAUUCUGGUAUUUCUCCUCUUCAAACGCUAUCGGGGACUUAUUUCUAAAGAGCCAGAGACGACUCUUAAUAAAACCAAAUCUGUGAAGAAAAUGGUUACUGAGGACAUGAUUGCCGAGGAGAAUAUUAAUUACAACACAGUCAGGGAAUCACAAAUGAUUUUAGAUCCUGUCGUUAGAACACAACUUGUUAUUUAUGAAUGUAAUAGGGAUCAAGAUAAUACAUAUAAUGUUCUGCAUGAAAACAAUUGAUUAAGAUGAUAUGUAUUUGAAAAUAGAACAAAAAAGGUACAGUUCAAAAGACAAUAAAUACAGCAUAAUAUAUAAAAUACAUCAU